AGCAAAAUUUUGUUUUGUAAAAUUACAUUACUACUCUUAACUUUUUUCUUGUGAUAGAAGACUAAAUAAUUUUUUUACCAUUUUUUUUUUUUGGACAAAGAAGGUUCUAUUAAUAUGUAAUUUAAAUGUAGUAAUGUCAAAGGAGAAAUAACACUCCAAAUGGAAGAAGAGAAAUAGAUUUCACAUUGAACUAUUUGUCUAGAAUAAUGAAUUCUGUUUUUAUAGACAUUUAUCGUAUCCUUUCCUCGUGAUGCUAUAUAAUUUAAUUAUUUCUUUUAAAAUUAAUCAAAAGUUCAUCCGUACUCCAAGAACUAUUAGGAAAAUUGCGAUGGACUUGUAAAUCGUACGUAUAUUGAUGAUCUCGAAAUAAUGUAACAUUCGUUUUGCUUUUUCCAUGCAGUUGUCUCCAAAAGAAAGCUUAUUAUAAAGCAUAAACAAAACGAAAAGAGUUGCAAAAACUUCUCGAGGAGCUCCAUGAGAAGAAAAACUUCGACAUCAUGUGCUUGGUGUUGUCUCAUUUGAUGUAACCAUUCUUGAGUUGUUCGAUGUAUGUUGCGUUAUCUUCAUAGAUCGUCAUAGGGACGUCAACAAUGAGGUAAAGAUUGUAGGAGCUUCGAAUAUGGCCCACAACUGCUCUUAGCCAGAAGCAUUCCCGAGUAGCUUCAUGUAAGACUAGAGUAAGCGGGUCACAUUUGGAGUAGAAAAAAGUUGAUGAUGACAGACUCAACUGAUGAGAGCAAUGCAAAAGCUGAUCACUCCAUAAUUCAAGUAGAAGAGGGGAGAGAGAGAAUUGAGAGAGAAAUAAGUCAUGUGGGUAACCAAAGUUGGAGCGGAAACGAAGAAAAUGAAGACGAAUUAAUAGCGUCCUGGAUAGAAAGAAAGCUUCCCAAGGAAUCAACAGAAGAACCAGUUCAUACUUGCAUAUUUAGAGUCCCUACUAAACAUGUCAGCGACAAUGAAAAUGCUUUUGUCCCACAAGUGGUUUCAAUCGGGCCGUAUCACCGCAGAAGAGAAAAGCUUCAAGGCAUGGAACAAACUAAGCUAAGGUAUUUGCUACGCCUCCUCAAUCGCAAACCAACUCCCGACACCAGUUUGGGAAAGUUUGUCAAAGAAAUGAGAAGCAGAGAAGAGUUUCUUCGUAAGUGCUAUGAAGAAAAGUUGUAUCAUCUGAGUAGCCGUGAGUUUGUAGAAAUGAUGGUGGUCGAUGGUUGCUUUAUUUUAGAACUUCUCCGCGAAUCUGUUUCGCCUUUCCCAGGGCGGUUCUCCACAUUUAAAAACGACUUGUUGCUGCUUGAAAACCAGCUUCCAUGGCAAGUUCUCGACUGUUUAUUCAACCUCACAAAAACGUCAGAAGAGAUUUCUCUAUAUCAACUUACUUUGGAACUUUCCGAAAACAUGCAUUAUUCCUUUGAGACUGGGACAUUGGAAAUCAGACAUUUACUUGACGCAGUAAGAAAUUCACUUUUUGGAUCAUCAUGGUGGAAAAAAAGGGAGUAUAACACAGAUUGGAGUCAUUGGACUCCUAUUCCCUCAGCGACACAUCUUGAGGAAACUGGAGUCAAAUUUCAACCAGCGUAUAUGAAAUCUCAGUUGGAAAUAAGCUUCAACAUAGUAAAUGGAGUGAUGAAAAUUCCAUAUAUGAUAAUUGAAGACAACACAGAAUCUCUGUUCAGAAACCUCAUAGUCUACGAACAGUGUCAGUUGGUGGGCGACUAUGACACAUGUCCCAUUUUGUCCUACGCCAUGCUGUUGAGUCAGCUUAUCAAGUCUACCAAAGAUUUACUCUCUCUCACUCAGAAAGAAAUUAUAGACACCAAUUUGAGCGUGGAGGACACCGUUCGUUUCUUCGAUAGGCUUCGCUAUGACACUGAACACAUGAAGUUCUUUUACUCUGCCCUCGCCCUUGAGGUGAAUCAGUAUUAUCAUAGUCGCUCACUAAGGCGUUGGCUUGCAGGGAUCAAAAGGGAUUAUCUAUAUAAUCCAAAAUCAAUCUUGUCACUUUUGUCAAAUGCAGUCAUCCUUGCUCUCAUUCUUACAGCCAUACAGACCGUAUACAGUGUUCUCGCCUACUACAAGCAGAAGUAGUAACCUUCCAAUUGGUCAACGUUCACCCAAGGACCUAAAAAUAAACAAGACUUGGUGACUGCAGGCAAAGGUAUGAAAUAAUGAAACUCUGAGUUUGUAUUUAUUUGCUUAUUUUUCUUGUAAAAUAAAGCAUCUCUGUAAUUAAAAGUUUGAUAAUUAUUGUAAGGACAAAAUUGGUUCUUACUCCAUAAAUUGUGUGUAAACAAAAGAGCAUAUGUAAUGUCAAAAGGCUAAAAAGUAAAUGUGACAACAUUGAAUCCAAUAGAGGUGGUUUUGCAGUUAGGAAUCUGCAGUCUCUGCAUUCCAUGCUGCAGACUCUGGAUCAUCGACAAA